AAAUAGAAUUUAAUAAUGAAUAUUUGUUUAAGAGAUAAAGAUAACGUGGAAGGGAUAUUGGAAAGUGGGUAGAGGUGAGGAGGAAGAAGGGCGUAAAGCAGUUGCAAGUGGCCCAGGUAUAUAUAAUAAUAUAAAAAUAUAUAAUAAUAAUAAUAAUGGUAUUAAGAGGGAAAAAAGCAAGAUCGAGAAAGAGUAAAGCAGAUUGAAUUUGCGAUCGGGUUGAAAUCAAGUGCGAUAGAUCGAAAUUAUGAAUUAAAAUAAAAAUGCAAGUCUUCUCCCAUUCUGUUCACCACAAUUUGUUGGAGUUUCAGUUAUUUUAAUACAAGUAUUCAAAACAAACACAACAGUCACACAUAGUAGCGACUGUGUUGUGAUAUUAUGGCAUCUGCCGCUAGUCUUGGAAUUGGAAAUGGAAACGGAAACGGAAAUGGUAAUGGUGGGGUCGGCAGUUCCAGGUCUGCUGCCUUAAGAGGUUCUUCUAGCUCUGUCGAUUGGCUUGGGAGAGAGAUGCUUCAGAUGAGGCUCAGGGACAACCUCGACCACGAUCAUCAUCACGAUCAUCACGAUCACGAUGAUGAUGACAGAGAGAGUGAGCCUGACAUCAUCGACGGUGUGGGUGCUGAAACAGGACAUGUAAUACGAACCAGCAUUGGCGGACGAAAUGGUCAAUCUAAGCAGAAUGUUAGUUAUAUUGCCGAGCAUGUCGUUGGUACCGGCUCUUUUGGCGUUGUCUUUCAAGCAAAAUGUAGAGAAACUGGAGAGAUUGUUGCUAUCAAGAAAGUUCUCCAGGACAAGCGCUACAAGAACAGAGAGUUACAGAUUAUGCAAAUGCUGGACCAUCCAAAUAUUGUCGCCCUUAGGCAUUGUUUCUUUUCCACAACUGACAAAGAAGAACUUUACUUGAAUCUUGUACUUGAAUAUGUUCCUGAAACCGUCAAUCGUAUUGCGAGGAGCUAUAGCAGGAUUAACCAGCGAAUGCCUCUAAUAUACGUCAAACUUUAUACAUACCAGAUAUGCAGGGCACUUGCUUACAUACAUAAUUGCAUUGGCAUCUGUCAUCGUGACAUCAAACCUCAGAACCUACUUGUGAACCCGCACACUCAUCAGCUGAAACUUUGUGAUUUUGGGAGUGCAAAAGUGUUGGUGAAAGGAGAACCUAAUGUUUCUUAUAUCUGUUCAAGAUACUAUCGUGCCCCAGAACUUAUAUUUGGCGCUACUGAAUACACAACUGCCAUAGAUAUAUGGUCAACUGGUUGUGUAAUGGCUGAAUUACUUCUUGGACAGCCCUUGUUUCCUGGAGAGAGUGGAGUUGAUCAGCUAGUUGAAAUCAUCAAGGUUUUGGGAACUCCUACCAGAGAGGAGAUAAAGUGCAUGAACCCAAAUUAUACUGAAUUUAAGUUUCCGCAGAUAAAACCUCACCCAUGGCACAAGGUCUUUCAGAAACGCUUACCCCCAGAAGCAGUGGACCUUGUCUGUAGGUUUUUUCAGUACUCUCCUAAUUUGAGAUGCACUGCUUUGGAAGCUUGCAUUCAUCCCUUCUUCGAUGAACUGAGGGACCCAAACACUCGCCUUCCCAAUGGUCGCCCACUGCCUCCGCUGUUUAAUUUUAAACCUCAGGAACUUUCUGGUAUUCCACCUGAUGUCAUCAACCGGCUUAUUCCAGAACAUGCUCGUAAACAGAACUUAUUUAUGGCUUUGCACACCUAGCAAGUUUUAUUUUUUCCUCCCCUGUGGCUUACUAGCAGGCUGUAAAUUAUCGGGUGUAUCUGAGAAAGUGACACCGAAAGAGUUCCUAGGAUUAUAUUUAUAAUAUGAUAAUUUUCAUAUUUUUUUUAUAUUUUCUUGUCAAAGGAGCUGUUUUCUAUUCUUGCUCAGGAGUCAGUGUUUUCAUGUAUAUUUAUUUGUCUCGUACAUGUGCUACCAGUUAACUUAGGCCCUUUUGGUACAUCUUAUUAUAUAGAAUAAUACUUGACAGUGUUCAUGAUGUUGUGUGAUAUACUCUGCAGUAUAUUAGUUCUUACAUUAUUUAA